AUGUCAGGCAGAGGUAAAGGUGGCAAAGUUAAGGGAAAGAGCAAGUCUCGCUCUUCGCGUGCCGGUCUACAAUUUCCAGUCGGUCGUAUUCACCGAUUGUUGAGAAAAGGCAACUACGCCGAACGUGUUGGUGCCGGUGCACCGGUUUACCUUGCCGCCGUGAUGGAAUAUUUGGCUGCCGAAGUUCUGGAAUUGGCAGGUAACGCAGCCAGAGAUAACAAGAAAACUCGCAUUAUUCCACGUCAUUUGCAAUUGGCGAUCCGUAACGACGAAGAACUGAACAAGCUGCUGUCUGGCGUUACCAUUGCUCAAGGUGGUGUUUUGCCAAAUAUUCAAGCCGUGCUGCUGCCGAAGAAAACCGAGAAGAAACCGUAA